AUGUCUGAACCAGACGUUGUUAGUCAUACUUGCUGGGAAGAGACAAUUGAGAAAUGCAUAAAAAGUAUAGUCUCUAUCAAAGUUUGCCGCACACGUGGACUUGAUACAGAAUUCCCUGGUUCUUUUAUAGCUACUGGAUUUGUUGUGGAUACACAACAUGGUAUCAUUCUUUCUAACAGACAUGUUGUUUCAGUAUCCCCCGUUAAAGCCUAUGCAAUUCUUUGUAAUUAUGAAGAGAUUGAACUUAAACCGAUUUAUCGUGACCCAGUUCAUGACUUUGGUUUCUUUCAAUACGAUACUACUAAAAUUCGAUUUUUAGAUAUUCCUGGAAUUGAUUUAUAUCCACAAGGGGCUAAAAUAGGUCAAGAUAUCCGUGUCGUUGGAAACGAUGCCGGCGAGAAACUUAGUAUUUUAUCAGGAACAUUGGCAAAGUUAGACAGAGAAACUCCUGAUUAUGGCACAAAUGAAUACAAUGAUUUUAAUACUUUUUAUUAUCAAGCUGCAUCAAGUACAAGUGUUGGAUCAAGCGGAAGCCCUGUGUUAGAUUUACAAGGACGGGCAAUAGCAUUAAAUGCUGGCUGUGCUUAUAACUCCUCAUCUAGUUACUACUUACCUUUAGAUCGUGCUCAACGUGCUCUCUCUUUGUUGAUAGCAGGCCAACCUGUACCACGUGGAACUAUACAGGUUACGUUUGAGUAUCAGUCAUAUGAUAAUUUACGUCAGUUAGGACUGAGUCGAUAUCUUGAGAGAGGUUUAAGGGAGCAACAAAAGGAGAGUAAAGGAUUGUUAGUGGUAAAGACCAUACUACAGGAUGGCCCAGCUUAUGGGUAUUUAGAACCUGGUGACAUUCUUUUGGCAUGUAAUCGACACAUAUUGUUAUCACGAUUAUUUAUUGAUUUGGAAGAACAUUUAGACACUAUUAUUGCACAACAAGAUACACCACCUUACAUAACUCUAAUGGUGUUAAGAGGAGGUGAGCCAAAAGAAAUUACAUUGCAAGUACAAGAUCUUCAUUCAAUAACACCAUUUCGUUAUGUGGAAUUUGGUGGAGGUGUCCUAAAUGAUGUGUCAUAUCAAAUUGCAAGAUUGCAUGGAUUAUCUUUAAAGAAUCCCGGCGUUUAUGUUGGUACACCGGGAUAUAUAUUGGGUAGCACUGCUUGUGUGCUUCGACAAUCAAUUAUUGUAGGUGUGAAUCAUAAACCUGUAAGAUCACUUGAUGAAUUUAUUUCAGUAGUUCAAGAAAUUGAGCAAGGAGAAAGAGUACCUAUCCAUUUCUAUUCUCUUUCGAGGCCCAUGAAAAUUAAAAUUGCAAUUAUUCACAUAGAUUGGCGAUGGCAUCAAUUUAGAAUGGCAACACGAAAUGAUAUUACUGGUUAUUGGGACUAUAGUGUAUUAGAAACUUCAUUAACAAAAAGUUAUACUCCACGCUCUUUAAUACCGAAACUGGAAAAGUCUCUUAUUCAUAAUGAAAAUAAUUUUAUAAAAGAUCCUAUAAAGAAUUUAACAAAAAGUAUAGUUUCAAUUGACUGUUGCCCACCAUUUAUCAUUGAUGGUUCAAAGAACGCUCAUUCAUAUGGUGCAGGCAUCAUUGUCUCCUUAAAUCCACCUCUCAUUAUUUGUGAUAGGGAUACAGUACCCAUCCAUAUGUCGGUCAUUUCUGUUACAUUUGAUAAUUCACUCACUAUUCCUGCUGAGCUUGUCUUUCUGCAUCCGUUUUAUAAUUUUGCCAUCUUGAAAUUUGACCCUACACCUAUUAUAAAAGCAGAUAUCCAAAUGUAUGUAGCAGAAUUAACAGAGGACGAAUUUGCUAUAGGUGAUAAAGUAACAUACGUUGGUUUAUCAGGUAGCAAUGAGGUGCAUAUCAAAACGACAACAAUCAUAAGUUUGUCUCCUAUUCGUGCAAGAGAAACUGUACCUCCUAGAUGGAGAGCCAUAAACGUUGAAGUCUUUAAAGUGAGUGAUGGCACACUAGGGAGCCAAGGUGGCUUAUUUGCAGAUCAACAGGGCAAAGUAAGAGCUAUUUGGAUGACCUUUUCGAUCGAUAAUGAUAAAAAUGAAUUAUCUAGUAUUUUAGCUGGUCUCUCUUGUCGUCUUAUCAAGCGCGUUAUGGAUACCAUUAAAUUAGGUCAAAACCCCAACAUUAGAGGUCUCGAUAUUGAAUUUUGGCCAUUGCAAAUUUCGAAUGCUAGACUUGUAGGGGUGCCAGAUAAAUGGAUUGAUAGGAUAAAACAAGGUGCUGGACGACGACAAGCUUCUGUCGUUUAUGUGUUAGGAAUAACGGAUAAAUCAAGCUUAUCAGGUCAACUAUUAAAGCCGGGAGAUAUAUUGCUUGCAAUUGAAGAUCAUACUAUAACAUGUAUUUCAGAUCUGAAAUAUAUACAUGACUACGAAUAUGUACCAAUGACAAUUCUUCGAGAUGGAAAAGAACAAAAUUUGAUAGUUCCAACAACAAAAUAUGAUGGACAAGAAACUACAGAAGUUGUAGGAUGGCAAGGCAUGUUACUUCAACAAGCUCAUCAAGCAGCUAAAGAACAAGUACAAAAGCAAGUACCUGAGGGUAUUUAUGUCUCUUGUUGUCUUUGUGGAUCUCCCGCCCAAGCAAGCUUACUACCGAAUAUUUGGAUAACUCAAAUUGAUCAAGUACCUGUCACAACGUUAGAUCAAUUUUUAAAAGUUAUUCAACGUAGUAAUCGUGUUCAAGAAAAAUAUUCUUCUAAUAUACAACGACAAAAACACGUUUUAAAUUGUAUGCUCACUUUACCAGCUGAAAUAGAAGAGCAGGAUAUAGAAAAAGAAGAGACGCUAAAGUAUGUUCAAAUCAAAUAUGCUACGAUGGAUAAUGUUAUGCAUGUAAAAGCUAUUAGAUUAGACACGCAUUAUUGGCCUACUUGGCAUAUUAAAAAGGAUACAAGCUCGCCAUAUGACUGGAAACUGACAUUUCCAACUUAA